AUGAGCUGGAAGGGUGGACGUGAGAAGAAGAGUGCUGAUAGUUAUGAUGGUACCAACAUGUUGGAGGGCAAUGAUCAGUGGGAUUCUGAUGACGUUGGGGAUGAUCUUGAGAGUGAUACUGAUGAUUCCAACGAAGGUCACAGUUUUCGCAAUAGAACUAGAGAUGUUUGCCGGAAGCAGGAUGGGGUUGGUAGAGUCUAUCAUUUUAAGUGUUUCAGAAGAAAUGCAGGAACUCGAUUUGAAGAGGUGGUUGAAAAAGAUUCUGAAUCAGAGAAUAUAUUAAGCGAUCUUGACAAUGCAAUACAUGAAUCAGAUUCUGAGGAAGAACUUGAAUUGAGAGCAUCAAGAGCAGAAGCAAGUCACAGUUUUCAGAGCAAGGUACAUAAAUCAGAAGAUAUGUUGAGUGAUCUUGACAAUGCAAUGUGGGAAUCAAAUUCUGAGCAAGAAGAACAUGACUUGAGAGCAUCAAGCACAGAUGCAAUUCACAACUUCCAGAGCAGCAGUGAUGAAGAAAAGGAUAUAUAUCCUACGAUGAGAAAUGAGAUUCAGGUGAAUGAUACCACUGAAAAUGAUGAAGUUCUCAUUGAGUUAGAAGUAUAUCAAAGUGGUGGAUGGAAACUGGCAAGGAUUAGCUCUUUCAUGACAAAUGCUAAAGAUCAUUCUGCAAGAAAAACGACCCAGGAUUGUGAUUCAGAAGUUGUAGUGUAGGAAUGAGAUAUUGAAGAAAACAUGAGAGCAGGCGAUGACGGAAAACAUAAUUUUGUGGCCAGAGGUGAAAAUGAGGAAUUUCACCAUAAGCACGAAGUGAAUUGUAAGAAGACACCAAAAGAGGUGGAUGAGAAUUGGGACAGUGAUUAGCUUAGUUUGGGAAGCCACAUCCUUUCUAUGUCAAGACACUCAAGAUGGGUAAAUUAAACCAAUUUUUUAUAAUUGAAAGCACAGUGUAUUUUACUAAAACAUGACACUUAAGACUUUUGCAAUAUUUGCAUCUUUUAGGGAAGAAAACAAUAUAGAAGGUGCAGCAGUCUGUAAAAAAAUCUGAGAAUUUGGUGAAAAAAAAAAGAAUGUAGUUCAGUUGUGCUAUUUUGGCAUCCUUAGCAAUUUUAUUAUGUUGAUGAAAUGAUUGAA